CUCAACGUGUGGACGCGGAGAUCCCGCAAAGCCCAGCGUUGCGGGGCCAAACGUCGUCGUUAUAAACGGGAGGAGGCAAACAGCCGCUGGGAGAGUGGGGGGUUGCUGUGUGCGUUGCUGAGUUGCGGGAGGAGGGGUUUUCUUCCCCCCCCCCACGGAAUCGAUCGUUCCACGCCCCUCACCCUGUUUUGCGCGGGCCGCCACGCUGAGGGGAGGAAGAGGAGGAGGAAGGAUGGCAGCUGAGGGGCCCGACCCCAGCGGGCUCAGCGAGGAGGAGGCGGCUCAAUACGACCGCCAGAUCCGCCUCUGGGGGCUGGAAGCUCAGAAGCGGUUACGAGCUUCCCGGGUGCUGCUGGUGGGGAUGAAGGGUCUGGGAUCAGAAGUGGCAAAGAAUCUUAUCCUGGCAGGAGUCAGGGGCUUGACCAUGCUGGAUCAUCAGCAGGUUUCUGCAGAGGACACCAGAGCUCAGUUCCUCAUCCCUGGGGGUUCCUUGGGGAGGAACAGAGCUGAAGCCUCUCUGGAAAGGGCUCAGAAGCUCAAUCCCAUGGUGGAUGUCAAAGCUGACCCUGAGAGCUUGGAGAGCAAACCUGAGGAGUUCUUCACCCAGUUUGAUGCGGUGUGCCUGACCUGCUGCUCCAGGGAUGUGAUGGUGAAGAUCAACGAGAUCUGCCACAAGAACAGCAUCAAGUUCUUUGCUGGGGAUGUCUUUGGCUACCAUGGUUACACCUUUGCUGACCUGGGGGAACAUGACUUUGUGGAGGAGAAAACCAAAGUGGCCAAAGUCAGCCAAGAAACAGAAGAUGGAGACAGCAAAAAAGCCAAACCUGGCUCAGCAGAGACCACCAUGGUCAAAAAGAGGAUGGUUUUCUGUCGCCUGAGGGAAGCUCUGGCUGUGGACUGGAGUGGCAAGAAGGCUGCAGCUCUGAAACGAACCACACCUGACUAUUUCCUUCUCCAAGUCCUUUUGAGGUUCAGGACCCUCAACCACCGGGAUCCUUCACCCCAAACCUACUCCAAGGACUCGAAGCUGCUGGAUCAGCUCCACAAUGAUGUCCUGGAGUCCCUGGGGGUCAGCACCCAGCUGCUGCCAGAUGACUUCAUCAGCUACUGCUUCUCAGAACUGGCUCCAGUCUGUGCCGUGCUCGGUGGGGUCCUGGCCCAGGAGGUGGUCAAGGCUCUGUCCCAGAGGGACCCUCCCCACAACAACUUCUUCUUCUUCGAUGGCAUCAAGGGCGACGGCGUCGUGGAGCGGUUGGGCCCCAACUGACACCCCCCCUCCCCCCAAAAUCCUUCCCUCACCCCCCUAUUUUGAGGGGGGUAAAUCCCUCUCCCACCCCCCAAACUUCCCCAAGGUGCAGCCCAUCCCCUCCCCUGGGCUGUUUGUGGGGGGUGGGGAGGAAGGUUUGGAGGUAAUAAAGUGGUUUUGAAGGA